CUAGAUAAUUUUAUAUAAAUAGUAAACAUUGAAAAUUGACAAUAUAUAUUUAAUUUCGUACAUCGUGUCUGAUAGGAUCAUAUCGCAGUGCAGUAUCGACUGAUACUGCAUACUUCGAGAUAUCGUUUGUGCUAUUAUGUAUUUAUAUGGGUGAGAGAGAGAGAGAAAAAGAAAAAGAUGGGAGAAGAAGAGGGAGAGACUAACCUGACUAACCAUCUCUGGAAUGCAGAUUGAAGAUAGGCUGAGACAAAGCAUAGCGAAGUAAUAAUCACUAUUUGUCUAAGUUAUGUCUAAGUGAUCGACUGUAAUUGAGAUCAAGAGAUAUACAAUUAAUCAGUCCAAAUGGCUGGCCCCUCCUCUGAUCAGAGUAGUAUUGCCCAGAAGACAUGGGAAAUGUCAAACUGUAUCGAAACUAUUAGCACCAUGGACGAGAUUUACAGAUAUGACAGGAAGGAACAGCAAGACAUAUUAACUGCCAAACCAUGGGAGAAAGAUCCCCACUUUUUUAAGGACAUAAAAAUAUCUGCAUUAGCUCUAUUAAAAAUGGUCAUGCACGCACGUUCCGGUGGAACACUGGAAGUGAUGGGUCUUCUGCUAGGUAAAGUUGCCGCGAAUACUAUGAUUGUAAUGGAUUCCUUUGCGUUGCCAGUCGAAGGAACUGAAACUAGAGUAAACGCUCAGGCACAAGCUUACGAAUACAUGACAGCGUAUAUAGAAGCAGCUAAACAAGUUGGUAGAUUAGAGAAUGCGAUUGGAUGGUAUCACAGUCACCCUGGAUAUGGCUGUUGGUUGUCUGGUAUUGAUGUAUCCACUCAGAUGCUCAAUCAAAAUUUCCAAGAACCAUUUGUUGCGAUUGUCAUCGAUCCCGUGAGAACCAUUUCCGCUGGCAAAGUUUGUCUCGGUGCAUUCAGAACUUAUCCCAAGGGAUAUAAACCUGCUAACGAAGAGCCAUCAGAAUAUCAGACGAUACCACUGAACAAGAUCGAGGAUUUUGGUGUUCAUUGCAAGCAAUAUUACUCCUUAGAGGUGUCUUACUUCAAAUCCGCUUUAGAUAGACGGUUACUUGACUCCUUAUGGAAUAAAUACUGGGUGAACACGUUGAGUUCUUCCAGUCUAUUAACGAACGCAGAUUACACUACUGGCCAGAUAUUCGACCUGUCAGAUAAACUGGAACACUCGGAAUCGGCAUUAGGCAGAGGAUUCGUCUUAGGCGGCACGGAUCCCCACGAUCGCAGUACAGUGGAAAAGCUAAUAAAGGCGACCAGAGACAGUUGCGGCACGGAUUCCCACGAUCGCAGUACAGUGGAAAAGCUAAUAAAGGUGACCAGAGACAGUUCUAAGACCACUAUCGAAGUUAUUCACGGUUUAAUGGCGCAAAUUAUUAAGGAUCGUCUGUUCAAUCAUGUCGGCAGUGAAGCGUCUUGUGAUCCUCAGCGAAAAUAAAUAAAAUUCCAGCAUAAUGUGUGCGAUAAUAAGUCUGCUAUGAAAUGUGCAUUUGUAAUAAAGAAUAUGUAUCCUUGGUUAAAGUUAA